CAGAUUGCUGGUUAUUUUGCGCUCGCUAUCCCAAACGAGGCCGCACCGGUGGCGCAUAUCACUGGACGGGCAAUUCAGCUAAUGGAGCGCUGUGGAGUGCCUCUGGAGCAAACCCAGCAACUAGACCGUCCGCAUAUCUUCUUUGACACUCUACACUCGGCAACGGUGUCGCAAAGAAACCUCUCAUCGCUGGAGGUGAGAAGAAGCGUUUACUACGCCUUUUUUGGCAAGCCCUCCCCAACAACCUCCCCACGUGCUUCUCCGGGGCAUCCAUCGUCCAGCGAGCCUGUUUCACCAUUGUUUAUCCCCAGCGAUGUUCCGAGAUCAGAGUCGGAACCGGCAUACGACAAUAUGUCGAUAAACGGCUCUGAUGAGGCGUCAUUCCAUGGCCGUCAGGAUCGUUUGGAAACCCCUGAAGAACAAGAUCAGAGGCAAGGAGAUCGAUGGCAUCGACACCAAGAAAGACAGCCGGCGGUGGAGCACGGCCCACCUCUUCCCCAAGAGCCUUCCAUAUCAAGUUCCAUAAGAGCGGCGUCUACUAUCUCUGAGGUCAUGGAUAUGGAUUGUGAAAGGUCUGACGCAGGAGAUCAGAUUCGACGGCAGAUUGUCGGACAACAGCCGGCAGGUAGCAGAGGAAUGGAUUCUGGCAGUGAGGAACCGGAUGAUACGGAGAUCGAUGAAGAUGACCUACGUAACCGAUCAGAGGGUGGGAGUCCGGGGGUGGAGGGCACAGCCACUGUGGUUUCUUUGACUUCAGGGGCGCCACGUGAUACGGAUAUGUCCAGCGUGCCAGUUGAGGGAGCAGAUGCAGUGGACGGGGCCAUGGACCUGGGUUCUUCCGCACUGACCCAAUCCGAGUCGGUGGAAGAUCGUGCUGGAAUACCAGCUACAUUAUCACGCCAGUCAACUGUUCAGUCACCAACAAUCUCCACAGUUCUUAAGGAUACGACAUGGAAACCAUAUGAUGCUACACAGAAAGGCAACCGUAACGUGACAAAAAGAUCGCUUGCCGCUCGAGGCCAGUCGGUCGCACAAGGGGCUAUGACCAACUCGGAGCCAAGCGCGGAGCAACGGCCCGGAUUUGGUCCGUUGCAACCCAUCGCAGAGCACACUGAGCCAGAAGUAACGCUGUCGGUCGACGAGCCGGAUGGUCCGGAGCAUAUUUCUGGAGGACCAUUACCAGCUGAAGCUCCGCAAGGAACAGUCGGAGAGCAAAUUCCGCCCGGAACGGAGCUCAUCACUGGAGCGGGUGGAGAAUCCCAAGAUGAUCUAGUCGCCCGGGAGCGUGCGGAUACUCUCGACCAGCUACAAACACCUGGGGCUAUCCCCCGCCCUGUGACUGAGCUUCCCCUUGACUUGCCGGAUCUGAUUACACGAUUGCGGGACGAGGGAAGCCAGCUGGAGGAUGAAAGUGUACCCCUUGCCAAUCAUCCAACGUAGGGACAUCCGGAACCGGGGGCUGGAGUUGCUUCGCCACGUACUGAACCCCCCGUACCUAGUCGCUCGGCGGGCGCAGAAUGUGCGGCCCCGUCAGGCAGAGGCAACUCCUCAGCCCGUGACGGUCGUGUUCCGGGUCCGAGAAACCGACGGGCGUUGGAAGACGGCACACAAGGUGGUCGUUGAUCGGUCGGAUCCAUCGCAGGUAGAACGGGUGGCGAGAAAGGAGGCGAGAAACCGGCAGGCAACGUUCUACGAUAAGAAUCUGCGGCUGCUCACGCCCGCACAAUGCUUCAAGGCGGCCAUUGAGGAUGACACCAAUACCA